AUGGCCAACUCCCUACUGCUACCUAUUAUUGGUCUCGACUGCCUUCCAUACAGUACUAUAACUAUUAUUAUUUCAACGUUACAAACCCCGAUGAAGUACUCUAUUACGGGAAGAAAGCGAGACUGGUCGAGUGAAACCGAGUUCAAACAGGAGAUAGAUUGGCGUGAUAACGGCAACACUGUCUACUAUAAAAACAACAAAACGUGGUCUGUCGUUUACAUGAAACAUCAACAAAAUUUGGGUAAAGUGGCAAACAUGGUGCUGAACGGACUACUUCUGCUUCUAGGAGAAUCUCCUUUAAGAGCCGUAACUCAAGGAGGAGCAUCGUUCGAGUCGUAUCCUGACCCACUGAUUACUCUAAUCAACAGCAAUUUAACCAAGACACUUAUGGCGAUCUUGGGAAAUUCUGUUCCCCUCCCCAACAUACCAGCCAUGGGAUUCUUCCCAUUGGAAUAUGCGACAGUAGAGGACUUCUACAAGGUUGGUGAAGUUCGCAUCCUCGUCAACACGAGCAUGGCAAUGAACAUCAACUCUUUCGAACAGUUACGACCAGAUUCUAACGUCUGCGGAUGA